CAGUGUGUGUACGACCACCGCGGUGCCCCGCUCGCACGUGCAUCAGCAUCUUGUUCCUGGCUGUGAGGGGGAUAGACUUCUAACCAGCUUGGAAGAACAAGAGGUGUACAUCAGCAUGGAUAAACCGGACUUGUACAACCUCGGGUGUGUUCCCCUCACGCAACUGGCCGCCAAACAGGUUGACGACCUGUGGUCGGUCUUCACGUGGCCGAGACAGCCACUGCCCGUGCUCGACAUUGGCUGCGGGCCAGGUGACGUCGCCAGGAAGGUUUUAGCCCCGCGGCUGCCACCGGGUACGAAGCUGGUGGCCUGCGACAUCAGCCCAGAGAUGGUGGAGUUCUGCAGGCAGCACAACGCGCUGCCAGGCACCAUCACGUACGAGCAGCUGGACGUGGUUCAGCCCGACCUGGAGAACUCCGACGUGUGGCAGUACGCGCCCUUCGGCAAGGUGUUCUGUUUGCUGAUGCUGCAUUGGGUACCCGACAACAGACGUGCUGUCCAGAACAUUCACAAGCUGUUGGUUUCUGGCGGAGAGGCUGUCUUCAGCGUAAUGGCUAGCAUGACUCAUUACACAGCGUUUGAAGAAAUGGCGAGAGACUCGCGUUGGGCCCAGUACAUGCAGGACGUGGAGCAGUUCGUAUCUCCGUACCAGCACAGUGAGGACCCAGAGAGAGACUUCCGCCAGCUGCUGCAGAGUGAGGGCUACCAGGUGCUGCGCUGUGACGUAGCGCCGGAGAUGGUCUUCUUCCCGAGUGAGAUGCAGCGUAGAGAUUUUCUGAAGUCAGUAUGUCCAUUCCUGAACCGAGUUCCGGAAGACCAGAAGGAUAACUUCUUAGAUGAUUGGCUACAGCGUGUGGAGAAACUGAGUGGAUUAUCAAAGGACGUUGGAAGCAGUGAAGAGCCGAAAUACUACAUCCACUUUAAUAUAAUGGUGGCUAUGGCUAGAAAAAUAUAUGAGCUGUAAACACACAAAAUGCCCACAACACCAAAGGCAUUGGUGGAACAAACUUCCACACUGAGGUAAAAGUUUGGUAUCUGAAAAGACGAUCUUUGCAUCAAACUAAA